AUGUCUUGCCUAGCACCAUACGACGGCAAUGAAACCUUUGUUCAACGAAACUAUGAUCACAAUGGUUGGACCAACUAUUUGCACAACCACGCCCCUCGUUUCGGGUACACCAAUAAUGUAAUGCAUUGGCUAAAGGGGACGGAAUCACAACAAAGUGCAUACAUCAAAGGGUUGCAAUCGAGUGUGGUUGCCAUGUCGGUUCUGUUUGUCCUUUGGAUCGGGGCUCUGGUAUUCUUCAGGAUACGAGGCCCCUCCUAUUUUGGAUGGUUGUCAGGACGCAGACGUGAGCUACCAGCAGAACCAAAUGUCAAGGGUGUCCCGCCGAUGGAUGAAGACGAAAUGCAUCUCUUGGAACACAGUAUGGUGACAGUGGAUGCUAUCAAAACAAGGAAACAAAAACUUGGUCUGUCACUGGGAAAGACGAGAGAGGGUGCCAUUGUGGUGUAUGAUAUCGAUGAGAAGGGCUUGUUCUAUGGUUCAGACAUUCAGGUUGGUCACCGAAUAGCAGCAGUGAACGAUCAACGAUGUACGGGUGAUUUGAAGAGAACCAUUCAAAUGCUACGAGAAUGUGAGGGACCCUUCACCAUCAAGGUGCACCACGAAAUUUGUGAGGAAGACUUGGCUAUCAUUGAAUGGGAUGCCGUAUUCGACAAAACUGUAAAGCACCAAAAGAUAUUUCGGCACAUUAUAUUCGUUGCGCUCGUUGUGAUUAUUUCCAUGGGAAUUGUGUUAAGUGCCGAUGGAGUUCAAGCGUUGUCCAAAGUUGUGGAUCAAGGGGUCAAGACAUUUAACAAAAUAGAGGAACGAGCCCAAUAUGGCUUGGAUCUUUUGGAUGACAUUCAGUUCUCUGUCACGAACGUGAAGAAAGAUGGACAUUUUCUCUUGGAUGCAGUCAAUAAAGUAUGUCCAAAGAAGACUGAAAAGAUCUGUUCAGAUCUUAAGGAUCCCAGCAGUUGCCAAGAAGAUCUUGGGCUUCCGUUUGUACCAGAACUCCAAAAAGCGAUCUCCUACAUCAACCAUGAGACGGGGAUUCAAGAGAACAUUAAGGAUGCUCGCAACGAACUCGAUUUCCUGAUCUCUCACACCUUUGGAUUGAGUGCUGAUCUGGAGAAAAUUCACACGCUUCUUUGGGCUUUGAUGGUCAUGUCCAUCGCUCUGUCCUUCUUAUGCGUUAUAAUUGUCGCUGGGGUUGGUUUUGGAAGGCCCGAAAUUGUGGGUUUCUUCCGGCGCUCGUGCGUCUUUCCACUCUUUGGAAUCAUGGUGUUUUUCAGCUUUGCUCUGUCCGUAUCAUUCUUGAUGAUGUCGCUCGUAGCGGCCGAUACAUGCUACGAUGAUCCAGGACCCAAGGUUGCUGCAAUGGUAGAGAGUUCCUACACAGGUGGCUCGUCAGAACUGAUGGAAGACAUUAUGCUCAGAGUCUUUGAAGGUUGUCAGGUGCCAUCAAUUCCACUCCAAGAGAAUGUUGAACAGUUGCGAGACGAUAUCCUUUUUUUCGAGCAAUUCAGCUCGAACUUGGAGGUAUUUGAACCUGAUCGUAUCAAUACUUGCGGCGCUUCGCCAUGGACAUUUUCAAAGCUUGACCUUGCCAUCAACAACAGAGUCAAUGAGCACCUGUGCACGGCGUCGGAUCAUCUUCGAGACUUUGGAGACUUCUUUACUUGCCGAUUCUGGUAUCCCAUUUACUUCAAAGCAGUUCAUGAAUCAAUCUGCACCGAUGGAACAGAAGGAUUGGCUGUGAUUGCAACAACCCAAAUCAUUGUUGUAUUUAUGGCGUUGCUGGUUCUGACAUACCGAGCAGCAUUGUGGGACGUCAAGGUAUCGACUGUGCCCAAUAACUCAAAGAAGACACUUGUCAAGAGUGCAAAGCCACCAACAUCAGAAGGUACACUGAUGACUGCUACUUCUCGACUGACAGACGACAGUUCUUCCGAUGCAGAUUCGGGUGAGGACAGAAGUCCAUCCAACAAACCAAUGGUUAUUGCAAUCGACAAUAUGGAACAGCAUAGCCGAGAAUCGCAACCAUUGGCCAUGCCAUCGAUCGACUACCCUGAUGAGGAAGAAAAGAAGGAAGACAGCCCAGAGAGCAAUCCUCUUUUGGUUUCAAAAGAUGUGGUUCUGGAGCAAAGUACUUCUCACAGAUCAAUCGUUAUAAAUGAGACCGCAAAGGAAGCACCCUCCUCUACACCCAUGAUUGGAAUGGCAGUACUUGAAUCAAUUGAGUUGGAUCAUGAUGGAAAUUCAACCGUAUCUUCCGUUGACCCCCCAACCUUCAAACGCCAAAGCUCAAACGCUAGUAGCAAACAGUGCAAUGUAGUGUCUGAAAAUAAGGAAGAUCCCACUUUGUUACUCUUGCGGAACCAAGGCACAUCCAUCAAGAGUAUGUCGGAGCUUUCAGCGACUCAAGACGCGGAUGAAAGCAUUGACUCUGACUCGAUUUAUCUAUCGAGUGACAUUGGGAACGCCUCGAUCACCUUUCCAGAUCUGUUAAGGCCGGGACACUUGGUUGCAGAAGAUAGAAUGAAGUCAAUCAACGAAGAUGGUGUUAUUUCAGACUCAGAUAUUAAAUUCGUGGCAGCUGAUGCAGAAAACUGCAGCGUCGAACAGAGCCUGGACGAUUCGAAGGUCUCUCUACAUUCAUUGAGCAGUGUGAACACGAAACCAGUUCACUUUAGUGGAAUCAACGUUUCGACAAGGUCGAUGCUUUCAUCCCGCGAUAUUGAAAAGAGCAAAAGACCAACAUUGGAAUCGAACGAUUCGCGAAGAUCCAUCCAUAGUGCCCCUUCGAUCAUGGAGAGAAAGUCAAGCGUCUCUUCACAAGAUGAAUGUUGCGAUGAGUCGAUUACACCCGUUCUCGUGGAGACGAAGGCUCGUGGACGACUCAGAAGAGGCACUAGCAUUACUGUUUUGCAAUCUAAUAGUGACCAUGGGCUCACAAAGCAAAACUCUUCUGCAGCAAUGACAGUGGAUUCAGCUAGAAUGGGAGAUAUGGAAGCUGGGGAUCUGCCGCCACUAACGCUACGGGCACCACAGCCUCCAGUGGACAUGGACGACUAUAAUGACGUAGGUCAACAGCCUGCCCCCACUCCGCCACCCGUGGACAUGGACGACUACGACGAUAUGGCACAAGAUGCACCACAUGACGAGGAAGAUACAAUCUCCCCUUCCCAAAUUUUGGCGUUGGAACGAAAAUCCGAACCAAAGCAACUGAUUGCUGAGCUCGCAUUUGAUGAAAUCCCGAUGAACCGAGCAUACACAUCCGUGUACUCUAACAUCGACUCGGUUAUUUCAGAUGCUGAAGCGCUUAUGGGCGAGAAGAAAGAUAGGGUUUCAAAGCAAUUGACCAGGGGUGAUAGUUUCUCCAACCAAUCGGCUCCAGGAGCCCCAUUGUCUCGGCCUGCAGGAAUCCAAACAAAACAGGUCUCUGUCAGCAUGAGUGAGGGAGGGGCUGGUGAUAUUGAAGUGCAAGACUUUAUGUUUUGA